UCACAUCACAUGAAAGAGACUUUUGAGUUUCUUGUGAAGCUUUCGCUCUCACAGUGUAGGAUUUCAUCUGACAGUGGACCCAUGCUUCUCCAGCCUGCUCAGUUCACGUUAUGGCACAACAAUUACUGUUGUGGUUCAGCCUUUAAAUGCUGAUGAGGGAGCUAUCCGACGCAUUUCUCAAGUGGAUCAAACACCAUGAGGAAAGUCUACAGCCUGGUUAGUCUAACUAAAAACAGGGAACCUAAAGAUGCUGUGUUAUCUCUUAACAUCAAGCAAAUUGAGUAUCCUGAGCAAACACGGGAAUUUGACAAUCGACUAACAAAGACGGGUCGCCGGUCCUUGUCGCACUCUCUUUCUCAUUCCUCUACAGACAGCAACAGCUCAGGAGGUUCAGAUGCAGAAGACCCAGAAAACGAGGUUUCUCCUCGAGACAAGCAAAGGAUGAACUCAAAAGGGAACAAGGACUUCUGCAUUAAAAACAUCAAGCUGGCAGAUUUUGGCCGUCGACAGAUAGAGCUUGCUGAGGAUGAGAUGACUGCACUAAUGGCGUUAAGAAAAGCUGCCCAGGGUGAGAAACCAUUGGCAGGGGCUAAAAUAGUAGGAUGUACCCACGUCACGGCCCAGACAGCUGUGCUGUUUGAGACUCUGUCGGGGUUAGGGGCUCAGUGCCGGUGGGCAGCCUGCAAUAUUUACUCUACUCAGAAUGAAGUGGCAGCAGCUUUAGCAGAGCGAGACUUCCCAGUGUUUGCAUGGAAAGGAGAGUCCGAGGAUGACUUCUGGUGGUGUAUUGAUCGUUGUGUAAAUGUUGAGGGCUGGGAGCCAAACAUGAUCCUUGAUGAUGGAGGAGACAUGACACACUGGAUAUACAAGAAAUAUCCACACAUCUUCAAGAAAGUCAAGGGCAUUGUUGAAGAAAGCAUCACAGGCAUUCACAGGCUUCAUCACCUCUCCAAAGCUGGAAAGUUAUGCGUACCAGCCAUAAAUGUGAAUGACUCUGUCACCAAACAGAAGUUUGACAACUUGUACUGCUGCAGGGAGUCCAUUUUGGAUAGCCUUAAAAAGACUGCUGACAUCAUGUUUGGAGGAAAACAAGUGGUUGUGUGUGGAUACGGAGAAGUGGGAAAAGGCUGUUCUGCUGCUCUGAAAGCAAUGGGAUCUAUUGUGUAUGUCACUGAAAUUGACCCCAUAUGUGCUCUGCAAGCAUGCAUGGAUGGCUUUCGAUUGACCAAACUUAGUGAUGUUGUUAGACAAGUGGACAUGGUCAUCACCUGUACAGGUAACAAAAACGUUGUUGUGCGGGAACACAUGGAUGUAAUGAAGAAUGGCUGUGUUGUCUGCAAUAUGGGGCGCUCCAAUACAGAAAUCAAUGUUAGUGCUCUGAAAACUCCUGACUUAACAUGGCAGCAUGUAAGAGCACAAGUGGAUCACAUUAUCUGGCCUGAUGGAAAGAGAAUGAUUCUUCUGGCAGAGGGCCGUGUCCUUAAUUUAAGUUCCUCCACUGUGCCCAUAUAUGUUCUUUCCAUCACAGCCACAACACAGGCUUUGGCAUUGAUUGAGCUCUUCAAUGCUCCUGAGGGCCGUUACAAGCAAGAUGUCUACCUUCUUCCCAAGAAACUGGACGAGUAUGUUGCAAGUUUGCACCUUCAGACCUUUGAUGCUCAUCUGACUGAACUCACAGAUGAUCAAGCCAAAUACAUGGGCUUGAGCAAAAACGGCCCCUUCAAACCAAAUUACUACAGGUAUUAGGAUCGUGGAGAAGUCUCAGUGUAACCCAUCAUCAGAUUUAAGUGUUUUUUAAAGCUACUAAAAAUAGAUUUGACUUGGCAAAGAAUUCAUGCAUCCUGCUCUUCACCAAUACAUGAAAUUGGCUUGAACAAUAAUGCAGCGGGCAACGCAGUGGCGCAGUAGGUAGUGCUGUCGCCUCACAAUAAGAAGGUUGCUGGGUU